AUGGGCAGCAAGAGCAUACAUGAGAAGAGCAACCGGGAGCUGUACCAGCAGUACACGGCCACGGCGCCCAGGCUGCUGGCGCGCAUCUCCAAGCUCCUCCUCGUCUGCCGCAGCGCGGGCGUGGCCAUCCCCAAGGGCAUCAGGAACAUCUUCGAGUUCACCUGGGAGGAGCUGGUCACCGACCCCGCCGUGCCCAAGCCCUCCGAGAUCCCGGGCCUGGACAUCACCCUCGGGUCCCCCCCGGUGCCGCUGGGGGAACCCACCUCGGCGCCGUCCCUGCUCCUGAAGAAGCUGGCCCCGCCCGCGCCGCCCCCGCCGUCCGCGCUGCACACCGCCUCUGGGUCGGCCAAGCAGCCCACCCCGUCUCCCGUCCCAGCCCGCCACACGGGCCAGGAGACCCUGCACAGGUUCCAGCGGCAGUCCAUCCACCUGCUCACCGAGCUCCUCACCUUGAAGAUGAAGGCCAUGGUGGAGUCUGCAUCCGCAGGUGCCAACCCCAUGGACGUCACCAGGCGCUUCGUGGAGGCCAGCCAGCUCCUCCACCUCAACGCCAAGGAGAUGGCCUUCGACUACCUGAUCGGCACCGUCGGGAGAAAUGGCUACAGUGCAGGAUCCGUGGGGAAAGAGUCCUUCACGAACGUCUCCGCCAUGGGCAUCAACUCGCCCUACCAGCUCAUCUACCAGUCUUCCACGGCGUGCCUCAGCUUCUCCCUCUCCACCGGAAAGGAGGUCAAGAAGAAGACAGGUACAGGCAAACUAAAGCUUCCAGACGAGAUCAGUAUGUCGCCCGUCCAGCGAACAGUGGGACCCCCUUCUGAAACCGUGGAGGUCACCGACCCCUGUCCUGAGGCUCGGGAAAAGCUGCAGGAGAUGUGUCGCCUCAUAGAGGCGGAGAGGACGACCUGGAAGGGGAAGAACGUCUUCUACCCCACGAUCCAGCGCAACUACACCACCAAGCUGCCCUUCCACUCGGCGCAGGCGUCCAAGGGGGACGCGUCGGCGCACCUCGCGUGCGCGCAGGUGUCGACUCCCGCCGCAACGCAGCCGCAGCCGGAGCCGCGGCUGGUGGCCCACUUUCCUUCCUACAUCCGGCCUUCCCAGGAGUGGAGGAUGCUCAAGAAGACGGUCAAGCUGCACUACUCCUUCUACGACGGCUCGUCCUUCAUAUACUAUCCCUCGGGAAACAUCGCCGUGUGUCAGAUCCCCACGUGCUGCCGAGGGAGAGCCAUUACCUGUCUUUUUAACGACACGCCUAACUUCCCCUUCCUGGCCCUGUUCAAUGCUGAAGGCCAAGGCUGUGUGCAGUACAACAUAAAGAACCGCUGCCCAUACGUCCUGAUCCUGGACGAGGAAGGCGGGACCACCAACGACACCAAGGGCUACGUCGUCCACAGGUGGAGCUGGACUUCCAAGACAGAAACUCUGGUCUCCCUGGAAUACAAGGUCAACGAGCAGAUGAAGCUGACGGUGCUGGGGCAGGACUCCAUCGUGGUCACCUUCACCUCCCUGAAUGAGACGGUAACGCUCACCGUGUCAGCCAAAGGCUGUCCCCACGUGACGGCUUUGGAAAAACGGCCAAACCGCAGGAUCAACAGCAUGGACGAGAAGAUGUCCAAGCUGACGCGAGCCCUGGCCGAGAUCAAGAGGAGGUUCCAGAAGACCGUGACUCAGUUCAUGAACUCCGUCCUGCUGGCGGCAGGUCUGUUCACCAUCGAAUAUCCCCCGAGGAGGGAAGAGUCAGAAUUCAGUCGGGUGAGGCUGAAAUCCGGAUCUCAUCUCGACAAGAUCCUCAAGUUGACCUUACACCCGGGAGAAAUUCUGUCCCGGCCCCAGUCGGCCCGACCAGAUUCCUUCAUGGAGGAGUCUGGAAAGGAGGAGGCCGAGUCUGCUCCCGUGAGCCCCGUCCAGAAGAAGAGCAGCAAAAUCCACGCCAAGGCCUCGGCCAUGUCCAGAGGGAAGGUGACCAGAGAGGUGCCCAGCGUCAUCAGGUGGGCGGCCUCGCCCUCCGACUGCCCCUUGGUGCUCCGGAAGCUCUUGCGCAAGGAAGACAUCCGGCCCGGCUGCAGGUGCAUCGUGAAGGCGCCCCUGGUGUCAGACGAGGAGCUGGAGCGCUUCCUGUCUGCACCACGAGACCCCAGCCAAGUGCUGGUGUUCGGCAUAGUCUCCAGCCAGAACCCCGCCAGCACCGCACAGCUCCAGUGGGUAGUGGACACUCUGUACAAUCAUCGACAGCAGGGUCGGGCCUCCCCCUGCAUCCAGUGCCGCCAUGACCCCUACCGCCUGCUGCGCUACGACCUGCACGGCCCCCUGCAGAAGAGCCCCCCGCUGCUGGUGAAGAGGUUCGCUGUGGUGCAGGGGAUGAUCCUGAUGUUUGCUGGAGGGAAGCUCCUUUUCGGGGGCCGCGUGUUGAAUGGCUAUGGCUUCAGCAAGCAGAACCUGCUCAAGCAGAUCUUCCGGGCCCGGCAGGAUUGCAAGAUGGGCUACUUCCUGCCGGACAACUACAAAUUCAGCAUUUUGGCGGCUCCCCCAAGCCUGGAAGAUUCUGAGCCAGAUAAGAAAGCCGUGUCUGUGGAUCUCGAGGGAAGCUUCUCCUCGUUGGGCCUGGGAGACAAGGUGGACAAGGAAUUCACUCCCCCGGUUGACAUGAAGUCCAAAGAUGCCGAAUUGGACUCACAUAUUGUCACCAAAAUCAGAAGGGGCAGCAGGAAGGUGACUGGCUGGAAGAAACAGUCCAGCAAGAAGUGA